AUGGAAUCAAAUAUUACCAGACGAGCAGGAGUUUUACUUGUAAUUUGCACCGUUUUAAUUUUUCUAAAUGGCUCCAGAGGAGAAAUCCAACCCAAACCGACCGCUGGUAUCACCAUUGUGCCCCCGGUUAAACCUGAUGAUAACCCACAGGCCUUUCCAGACGCGGAACAGCCAAAUAUGCCUGUGUUUACUAUGGAUUACCCAAGAAUACAGAUACCAUUUGAGAUCACUCUUUGGGUGUUGCUGGCUUCAUUUGCAAAGAUUGGUUUCCAUGUGUACCACAAGAUCACUGUGUGGGUGCCAGAGACAUGCCUUCUGAUCAGCAUUGGUUUGAUUGUGGGAGGCAUCAUGCACUCUGUCCAUGAGGAGCCCCCUGCUGUGCUCUCCAGCAAUGUCUUCUUCCUCUACAUGCUUCCCCCUAUUGUCCUUGACUCAGGCUACUUCAUGCCCACCAGACCUUUCUUUGAGAACAUCGGCACGGUGCUAUGGUUUGCAGUAGUGGGGACUCUGUGGAACAGCAUCGGCAUCGGCAUGUCUCUGUUUGCCAUCUGCCAGAUUGAGGUGUUUGGUGUGCAGGAUAUCAACCUCCAGGAGAACCUGCUGUUUGCCACCAUCAUCUCGGCUGUGGACCCUGUGGCUGUGCUGAGCGUGUUCGAGGAUGUGUCUGUCAACGAGCAGCUCUACAUCGUGGUGUUCGGGGAAUGCCUCUUCAAUGAUGCUGUCACUGUGGUGCUGUACAACAUGUUCAAUUUCGUGGCAGAUAUGCCGGAGGUGGCGCCAGUGGACGUGUUCCUGGGGGUGGCACGUUUUUUUGUGGUCGGGCUCGGUGGGAUGGGCUUCGGCAUUCUGUUUGGCUUUGUGGCCGCCUUCACCACAAGAUUCACCUCCAAAGUUCGAGAAAUCGAGCCGCUCUUCAUAUUCAUGUACAGCUACCUGGCCUAUCUGGUGGCUGAGCUCUUCGCCAUCUCGUCCAUCAUGGCCAUUGUGACCUGUGCCCUCACCAUGAAGUACUAUGUGGAGGAAAACGUUUCCCAGCGUUCCUGCACCACCAUCCGCCAUGUGGUCAAGAUGCUUGGCUCCAUCUCUGAGACCCUCAUCUUCUUCUUCUUGGGGGUCGUCACCAUAACAACAGAACACGAGUGGAACUGGGGUUACAUCCUGUUCACGCUGCUGUUCGCCUUCGUAUGGAGAGGCCUGGGUGUCUUGGUUCUGACUCAAAUCAUUAACCCUUUCCGCACCAUCCCAUUUAACAUGAAAGAUCAGUUUGGUUUGGCAUACGGUGGUCUGCGAGGUGCAAUUUCAUUUGCCUUGGCCUUCACUCUUCCUGAUAACAUUGCCCGCAAGCAGCUCUUUGUCACUGCCACCAUUGCUAUUAUCCUCUUCACUGUCUUUCUUCAGGGCAUCAGUAUUCGACCUCUAAUUAACUACAUCAAUGUCCGCAGAACAAACCGCAAUCUCGACACAAUCAAUGUAGAAGUCCACUGCAGGCUCAUGGAGCAUACCAUAGCUGGUAUUGAGGACCUCUGUGGGCAAUGGAGCCACUUUUACUGGAAGGACAAGUUUAUGAAGUUCAACAAUCGAAUUCUGCGUAAGAUCCUAAUCCGGGACAGCCGAGCUGAGUCUAGUAUCGUGGCACUAUACAAAAAGCUAGAGCUGCAGAACGCCAUGGAGAUCCUGGACACGGUGGCCGGAGACAUUAGCGCUGCCCCGUCCGUCGUCUCUCUGUAUGAGGAAAAGAAAGGCUCUGCUAAACCUAAGAAGAAGUUCUUGGCUGGGGACCUGAAGAACAUGCAUGACAUCUUGUCCAAGAACAUGUACAAGAUCAGGCAACGGACGGUGGAAUACACACAUAAGCAUGCCCUGCCCAACGACCGCCACAGCAAAGAGAUACUGAUCAGACGCCAUGCCAGCAUCCGUCGCAGUCUCCGACCUGGCAGCUUUCAGUCAACGAUGGUGCCUAAAUCUCAUAAGUACUUCUCUCUUCCUGCUGGGAAGAGUCUGGACUCAAAAUUUCCUCCUGAGAGGCUGAGCUAUACAGAUGAUCAGGAAACUAUAUCAGAGGUGGCCUAUCCCACACGACGCUCUCGGUUCGGUCCCGCACGCUCUUCCUCCAGAGCCAUGAUGCCUCUACGCAGGCUGGACACCCUAAAAGAAGCACCCUCUGUUGACGUCCUGGGGGGGGUUGAAAGAGGCGCGACGGGGCGUGGCAUGUCCAGAUUAAACUCCUCCUCCAGUGACUCCCGCGUGCCCGUUCCUCGCCGCCAGUUUAACCCCUCCGUUGUUAAUGACAACGGCUCCUCAGAUAACUUAACAAACAGGGACCAUGAAGCAGAAGACGUGGAGCAGCAGGCUUCAUCUCCACCUCCAGCUUGGGCUGUUGAACCCAGAGACAAUGAGACACAAAACCCUCUGCUCAGAAGGCCUCAGUGGAACCCUAAAAAGAUGUAA